CCCGCUAUGACUCAUUCUGUUUUUGACACAAGCACAGGAUUUGGGUUAGAGCGCCGGCGAGGCACGCGAGAGUGAGGACAUGGCUUUCUAGGGCUGCGCGGAUCCCGAAGCAAAACAAGCGCGUGUUGCACGCUGCAACAGAACCAGCAAGAUGGAGUCCCCUUUUGCCGCUGCCACCAUCCUUGCCUGCAGGAGCAGAGCCAUACCUUGCCUGCUACGUACAAAUCCUGCAUUGGUCCUGAGUAAUCAUCAAUACAAUGUCUCUGCUGGCAGCACUGACCCUGGACCUGGACCUGACCAUGAUCCCAGCUAGCACCAUGUCCUGCAGGCCGGAGCUGCUCAAGCACCGGCUGCUGCAUGCCGGUCACAGUGAGCCGCUACCCGGACCUGUGGAUCAGGGCUUUGCCCUCAGCAUGGAGCGCCCACUGUUAACAGGCGAUGGCUUCUCAGACUGGAUGACGGAACGCACAGACCUGGCCACGCUCCUGAGUGUGUCAGGGGAGUCCUCGCCACUCUCACUGCCCUCCCCUCCUGCUCCGGACCUGGAGGCCAUGGCCUCACUGCUCAAAAAAGAAUUGGAGCAGAUGGAGGAUUACUUCUUGGAGGAAUCUCUCUCACCUGAUCAGGUAGCACCCAGCACCCCUCCCUCUGACGGGAGCUUUCACUUUCCGUUUGGUGAUGGCUUCCAUUCCCUGGACCACCACCACAGUACACCUGUACCCUUGCAAACCUUGGAUUCAAGCUGCUUAGAAUUGUUGGAGCUCUAUGGUGGAGAAACACCUGCUGAGCUCCCCCUGCAGGGCAGUGAAAUGUGUGUCUCAGUUCAACAGCCCCUUGCCUUGAUGCCUAAAGGGGAUCGGCGGCAGAAGAAGCGAGAUCAGAACAAGACAGCAGCCUUGCGGUACCGUCAGCGUAAACGAGCUGAACACGAAGCACUGGGGGAUGAGUGCCAGGCCUUGGAGGCACGCAAUCGUGAGCUGCGAGAGAAAGCAGAAUCUAUAGAGAGAGAGAUCCAGUACGUCAAGGACCUGCUCAUUGAAGUAUACAAGGCACGCAGUCAGCGCCUGCGUACAACCCCCUAGAGGCAGGGAGUUCUCUCUCUCUGCUCAUGAAAGAAAAGGUUCAUGAGGGAACAGUGCAUGUAGACAAGAACUGAACAAGCAUGGAAUUAAGUUUGGGAAAUAUUGGCAAUUAGUAGGCUGUGUUACCCUUUGGAGGUUAGGACCUAGUCAGUGAGUUAUGCAAGACAGAUACAGAGUUGUAGAGCUAAGGAACGAUGCAGGAGAGAGGGAGAAGGAGAAGUGAAUACUGUCUGAAAGAAUCUGGUGCUGCUGAGGUAGGAAGAAGCCAAGAUUAGCGAGUUCUGGCCAUUGCCAGGAUUAUCAGGGAAGGCUGUAUUAAGGUGGUAUCCUUUUUCCCCUCUGCCCCCCAACCUAGACAACAGUCUUGAAGCUGUGUAAUAGCAUUUUUGUAUGUACACUUCCUAGAAUUUCUUAAGCUACCUGUACCUAACUAUGCACUAAUAAACACUUAUUUUAAACACUU